AUGGAAAUUUCCCACUCUCUCGUGGCCCAUGCCACGACCCUCGCCGCCCGGUCCGGCGCUUCCAGUUCCACGAGCGAACGUCCCGCCGCAUACAAAGCCGUCGGCAUUGCGCUGGCCGUCUCGUCGGGUGUCUUCAUCGGGACCUCGUUCGUGCUGAAGAAGACCGGUCUCCUCAAGGCAAACGUCAAAUACAAUGAAGAAGCGGGCGAGGGGUACGGAUACCUCAAGAACUUCUGGUGGUGGUCCGGGAUGAUCCUCAUGAUUGUCGGGGAGAUAUGCAAUUUCGUUGCGUAUGCGUUUGUCGAUGCGAUUUUGGUCACGCCGCUGGGGGCGCUCUCGGUUGUGAUCACCACCAUUCUCUCGGCGAUCUUUCUGAAAGAGCGGCUGAGUUUCGUGGGCAAGGUCGGCUGUUUCUCGUGUAUUAUCGGAUCGGUCGUGAUUGCUCUCAACGCCCCUGAGCAAUCGUCCGUCGGUGAUAUCCAGGAUAUGAAACAUUAUGUCAUUGCGCCGGGGUUCCUGUCGUAUGCGGGUGUCGUCAUCGUGGGCUGUGCGAUUGUUGCGCUCUGGCUGGGGCCGCGGUAUGGCAAGAAGACCAUGUUCGUCUACAUCAGUAUCUGCAGUUUGAUCGGUGGGUUGAGCGUGGUGGCCACGCAGGGUCUUGGGGCGGCCAUUCUGGCUCAGAUCAAUGGGAAAUCACAGUUUAAGGAGUGGUUUCUCUACGUGUUGCUUGUGUUUGUGGUUGCAACCUUACUGACGGAGAUUAUCUACCUCAAUAAAGCGUUGAACCUCUUCAACGCCGCCCUAGUCACCCCCACCUACUACGUCUUCUUUACGAGUUCGACCAUCGUCGCCUCCGCUGUGUUGUUCCAGGGUUUCAAAGGCACCGGCAUGCAGAUCGCCACCGUCAUUCUUGGAUUCUUGCAAAUCUGCGCGGGCGUCGUGCUGUUGCAGCUGUCCAAGUCCGCCAAAGAUGUGCCCGAUGCGGCGAUCUUCAAAGGCGAUUUGGAUCAGAUUCGAGAGGUGGCCGCGCAGGAAGAACCCGAGACGGAACCCAAGGCGGACUCGAUCCGUGGUGCUGCGGCGAUCAUCCGACGCAUAUCGACCGCACGCCGUCGUACGGAAGAGGAGGAAGCGCGGCGGUAUAUCCGAGACAGGCAGGAAGAUUACCUCAAGCCCCCGGCUGAGAACGAGAUCAUCGAAUGGGACGGUCUGCGGCGACGCAAGACCGUUCUGGGACAGGGCCCGACCAUGGCGCGGCCUCGCACGCCUGGCCAUCCUCAUACUCCGUUGGGUGUGUCGGAAUCUCCUGGCGACGAUCACCCCGACCGCAGACCGAGUACUCGCCAGAGCGACCGUUCUUUCCUGGAUGAUCUGCGAUCGCGAGCCUCGAAUAUCAUGCAUCCGGGGCAAUGGCAUCAGGUCUAUAAUCCCCAGGACAGUCACACGGAUCCGGUCCAUCUGACUGUUUCUCCUGUGCAUGGCAACAAAAACUCGGACACGAGCUAUCACGGAGCGGGGAUGCGCGAAGUUUCUGGACAGACUGACACUUCGCGGUCUAUUGCGUGGGCGGACGAGACACAGGACCAUGAAGCCUCGCCGCACACGGCCAAACGGCAGUUUUCUUUCAACACAGUCUUCAACCGAAUCAGGUCGAAGAGUGAGAGUGAACCGCCCAAACCACCGCCUCAUUCGCCUCGCAGCAUUCUACGUCGCAGCCACCUGGUUCCCGGUGCCGAGAGGCAAGCCCUGAAGGGAGCCACCGAGGAGGAACGGCUAGGUCUGGUGAAAGGGGAUUCGCGGGUCGCCGGAGAGGACUGGGAUAUGCACGAGAAGCUGGAACGGAUCGACUCGUCGUCGAGCGAGUCGAUCUCGGAUGCCCCUGAGCCGUAUGGUUCGGUGGUCUAUGGCGGCCACGGCGCGUAUGAUUAUGGCUACGCUGCUCAGACCUCACCGACCGAGAUGCAAAGCGGCUGGCAGUUACCGUCCUCUCGGUCCGUGACCGCGACUGCGGAUCCAGGGGCCGUGCAAUCCUCGUCUCGACCCCGACCGAAUCCGCUGCCACCGUUACCAGACGAGGAGCCCUUCAUCGCCGGUGAGGACUCGCAUAUGCGGGUUGAGCUCCGGUCACCUACGAGUCCCGGGGGGACAGACGGCCGAGGCUGGCGACGUCCUUUGUCGGGGCACGGCGACAGCCCAUCCUCGACGAACCGGGGGGCAUUUAUCUAG